AUCCACAACCCUAAACCAACCCCACUUUCUUAUUCUGUUGGUGCUCAUUUUCUUCUUCUUCUAUAUAUCUUCUUGUGGUCUACUUCUCCUUUUGUGUUACUUGAUGACAAAUAAUUCACUGCUCAUCAUCAGCUGCGCUGGUUGUUUCGAUCACGCGCUGCCAUGGAAGACUCUGCAGGAGCUGCUUCUAGUGAUGAUGCCACCAAGACUUGCCCUCGAGGACACUGGAGACCAGCUGAAGAUGAAAAGCUCCGCCAACUUGUUGAACAAUAUGGUGCACAAAACUGGAACUCUAUUGCUGAGAAGCUCCAAGGAAGAUCAGGGAAGAGUUGUAGAUUAAGGUGGUUUAAUCAACUUGACCCCAGAAUCAACAGAAGACCAUUUACAGAAGAGGAAGAAGAAAGACUACUCGCGGCUCAUCGAAUUCAUGGAAACAAAUGGGCACUGAUAGCUAGACUAUUUCCAGGUAGAACCGAUAAUGCCGUGAAGAAUCAUUGGCAUGUUAUAAUGGCGAGAAAGCAAAGAGAACAAUCGAAACUAUGCGGAAAGAGAAGUUAUUCAGACAGUCUUAGCAACUGCAACAUCAAUUCCGAUCAUUUUAGUAGUAAUCAUAUUUCAAGAAAAUCAAGACCCCAAGACAUGUUUAUUAGCUCAAGAAAUAUCGGGUUUGAGAGUGGUAGAAUCUUUGAGUUCCGAAACCCCAAUUCGGAUAUUAAUAGAACGUUUGCAGUCUCGCCUUCUGUUUCUCAGCUUUCUUGGAGUUUCGCCCCACCAAUGGUUGCAACUUCAAACAAUAUUAUUUCAUCUUCAGAAGUGGAUUUCUCAAGAAGAGAAGGAAGAGAUUAUUUGACUUCUAGUUCCAAUUAUAACUAUCCGAGUUCUUCAGUUUACGGUAGCAAUCGGAGUUCUAGUUCUAUAUUUGGGCUCACAAACAACAGGAGAAUCGUUCCAAGUCCAUUUGGUUCUUUUAGAGUUGGUGAUCUUGAUUAUCAUGAAAACCAAAGAAAGAAGGAGCUGACUAAAUUUUCAGAUAACUCAUCCAUGAAAGUGAGUGCAGUGCAGCAAGCUCAAGGAGAUGAAUCUAUCAAACAUGAGAGUGUACCUUUCAUAGAUUUCCUCGGUGUGGGUAUCUCCUCUUGAUCACCACAAACAUCCAUCGGUUUUAUUUAACUAAUCCUUUCUGUCAUAUAUAUUAUAGUAGUUUCAAUUAGCUUCACUUUUUGGUCUUAAAAAAGACUUAUAAUGCGAAUAGCUAUUAAUCUUUUCUAUAUGAAAUUUUG